AUGGCCUCUCCCACCGAGAAGGAGAUGCUCCUCGAGCGUCUUCAGAAGAUGUCGCUCCAGCACGAGCGCGAGCAGGCUUCGAUUGCCGGCUCCUCGAGCUCCCAGACGGCGGGCUCUGGCCAGGAUCAUCAGACUGCGCCCUUCGGCACCAGCAAGUCGCCUGACUUCUCGUCCGUCUCCUCCGAGGAUCGCGACACUGAGCGCGGUGGUGGUGCUCGCUUGGACAGUUCCUCUCUCAGAGGUAGCCCCAACAGCUUCGCCCGUCGCUCCGAGGCCUUUGGAAGGUCUCUUCGCCCUACCAUGUCGGCCACUGCUACGAUUCGCGUCCCCAAGGCCUCCGCUCAGGAGGAGGACGAUGUCUUCAACGACGCCUCGGCUGACACUGAGAAGCCUGUGGCCGGUCCUUCGUCUCCUUACAAGCUUAACCAGAGCCACAUUCAGCAGGCCAAUGUGAAGGGCAAGGAUCGCGCUCACCGCAACUAUGUCCAGAGAUCUCCUACCAAGGGCCGUUCCAACGACAACGUUGUCGACAACACCGACCCCCAGGCCAACUGGCCUUCGACUGCUUGCAUCUUCGUCGCUAACCUCCCUGACAACCGAGAGGACUACACGCUCGAGGCUGCUGUCAUCAAGGAGUUCGAGCGUUACGGCGUUGUCUUCGUCAAGAUUCGUCGUGACAAGGAUGGCAUGCCAUUCGCCUUCGUUCAGUUCACCACUGACGACAGUGCUGAUGAUGCUCGUGUCAACGGCAGAGGCAGCAUGAUCCUUGGACGCCCGUGCCGCACCGAGACUGUUCGUGCCAAUCGCACCUACAUCAUCUUCCGCAAGAACAGGACUGCUAUCACCUUCGAGGAGGCCAACGAGCUUCUCUCCCCCUUUGGUAGCAUCGAGACUCUCCGGUUCCUUGACAACGACAUCGUGGUGCAGCUUUCUCUGCCUAUCACUGUUCGCGUGCAGUUCAAGGAGUUUGAUCCGACCCAGCAGGUGCUCCGGGCUUUCCGUCAGAACAAGUGCUACCACGUUGAGGCUUUUGACUUCAAGAAGGCCAUGCAGAACCGGUCCCGUCACCCUGAUCGCCAGUUCCUCGACAACUACGAUCGUGAUCGCCGUUCCAUCUUCAUCGGAGACCUGCCCCUCAGCAUCUCUGAGGAUGAUAUCCGCGUCCUCAUGGAGGAUGUCGGCUCUGUCGUCGCCGUUCAGAUCAAGCGUCUUGACUAUCAUCGUGAUGGUCCUAGACUCAUUGCUUUCGUUGAGUUCACCAACGUGACCAUUCCCGAGAUGGCGAUUGAGCGCUACCACAACAACAACAUCGGCGGUUCCAUCGUUCGCGUCGAGCGUCGCACUGACAGACGCCGCGGUGGCAACAACACGCCUGCCCGAAUCCAGGGCAACGGCUACAACUCUCGUGGCGCGAACAACAUGGGCGGCAGAGCUCCUUCCACUCCCGCUCGUGAGCGUGGUCCUCUUGCCAUCGAGGCUGGCCCGUCCAACUACGUCGCCGCUCAUUCCCCGGUUCGUCAGACUCCUCUUCGCAACGAGAUGAGUGCCACCGCCAUCCAGAACCAGCAAGGCAUGCAGCACAACGUCGCCCAGACCCCUCAGAACCAGGGCAUGCAGAUGCAGCCGGCCAUGCCCAUGCACAUGCCCAUGCAGAUGCAGAUGCCUGCUGGUGUCCCUGCUUACGGUCAGGUUCCUCCCCAGAUGGGACCUCAGAUGGUUCCCCAGGUUCCCUUCCAGGGACCGAUGCAGGUUCCCAUGCCGGUUCCCAACAUGGCGCAGUCCCCCAUGGGCCCGCCUCCCCCUCCUCAGAUGGGCACUCCUAUGAUGCCUUCCGGCUACAGCCCCUACAUUGGCACUCCCUUCUCCCAGGGCCCCUACUCUCAGGGUACUGGCUCUCACUACGGUGGCUACAUGACUCCCCAGGCCUCCCCCGGUGCCGCCCCCUUCUGGGGCUACGGCCACGGAGGCACGCCUCUCUGGACCCCUUUCCCCCGGGACCCUUCUGCCUACGGCGCUGCUUACACCUCUCCUGCUCCGGCUCGUUCCACUGGUGGCCCUGCUCCCGUCAUCGCCGAGGGCAACCAGAUCACUCAGUCUGAGCCUGUCAGAGGCGACAACGAGGGCGAGCACGAGAACUGA